AAUACUCUGGAAUAUUAUGUGAACUUUAUGAACUAUAUUACGCGAGUUCACUUCCUAGUUUUAAGCGGAAAUGUUCCAAGGCACCCAUGAUUGGCGGAAAAAAUGAAUCUUGAUGACAGUGUGGCUCAGAUAUCGUCUAUGUGUCCUUCUUUCACACAUGAUGAAAUUAAACACGAUCUAUCCAUCACAAACAGCGUUGAACGAACAGUAAAUCGACUUCUUGACAGAUCCAUUUCUUAUGAAAAUGAAGCACAGCCGGUGUUGGAUUUCAGUAGUGAUGAUGAGGAAUUACCUGUCAUUUUCAAUCCUUCUAGUAAACCAAAUUCAUGCAAGGCAACUACAUUAAUUAACAUUCCAUCCGUUUCAAGUGCUAAACCAUCAAAUGGACAGAUUUCAAUUAUACUAGAUAGUGAUGAAGAAGAUAAAGAAAGUGCUAAAAUUUUAAAUAAAACAACUAAAUCAGCAUACCAUAGUAUGUCAGACAGUUCAGAAGAUGAAUCCUGUGUACUCUCUUUGAGAGACAGAAUAUUGGGAAGUGUGUCCAACAACAGUUCUAAGCCUACUAGCGUUGAAUCUAGUCCACUUUUAGAACCUAUCUCUGCUUCAAAGAGGAAACAUUCCUUAGAGAACAAUGUGAAAGGAAAUAUUUUACAUUCAGGAAAUCUAAACAGUGAAUUUAUUUCAAAUGAAGGAGAGUUUUCUGAGAGAUCAGAAUAUAGUGAUGGAAAUACAGAAAGAUGGAGUAUGCGGAGUGAGAGCCAGUCUACUAUAUCAUGUGUAUCAUUGUCUCAAUCAUCUGAAUGCAGUGGUGGAGAAGUUAUAAAGAAAAAGAGAACAAAGGAAGAAAUUGCAAUCCUAAAGAGAGAAGCUGAGAACAGAAAGAAAGAGAAAAAGAAAGCAAGAGAAGAAAAGGUACUGGAGAAAGAGCAAGAAAAACAAAGAAAGGAACAAAUUCGAAUUGCAGAAAGAGAAAUGAAGAAACAGAUGGGUGGAUCUAAAGACUGUUUGCAGGUGACAUUGAAAAUUUUGAAAACAAUAAUCUUCUCACUUGGAGGACACGGAGUAGCCAUCUUCAAGUCAUGUGAGACCCUGGGAAUAAAAUAUGUCACAGAGGAACAGGCAGUACCCUUCAGUAUCACAUGGAGAAGACAAAUCACCAGUAUCAAUGUGUCAGAAGAAAAUCAGACUUUGAUUCAUACAGAACAGAAAGAAAGAGAAAAAGAAAGCAAGAGAAGAAAAGGUACUGGAGAAGCAAGAAAAACAAAGAAAGGUCUUUUUAGAAACAGAUCCUGUUGUCUGCAGGGCCAGUAUGGAGUGGAAAAUGAAGGACCCACACUAAAGAGCUAUGUACACACAAUAAAACAACACAUACCCAACUCCAUCUUAUCUUUUGUGGUCAUAGGAAUGGAAAAAUAUUUCAGAGAUCAGAAAACAAAGGUCCAGAGGAAACAUCGAGCUGCGGUUCUGUCCAGUGAGAGAGUGGACACCAGCACCGACCCCGGCAGUGUCAACAGACUCGAUGUGGAAGAGGGUAUAACAGACAACCAGCUGCAGACAGAUGUUAUGGUUUAUCUAUUGGAGACUUCUGAGGAACUUGCGGAGUUUGUACGCACCUUCUCAAAGGCAGUGGCAGAGAAACCUGCAAAAAAAGAUCGCCUACAGUCUGCUGUCUUCGAUGAUGGUGUAGCCACAGUAAAAGUGGACAAGAAUGGACAGGGUCUUCUGAAAGUUUGGAAGCAGCAGCUGAUGCAGUUUAAAAACAUCAGUCCUGAUAUUGCUGAUGCUAUUGUUGUGGCUUACCCAUCUCCACAUCUUCUAAUGGAGGCAUACAGAAAAUGCAGUGAUUCAAAUGAACAACAGAAAUUGCUGGAAAAUAUUGUUGUAAGAAGAGGAGCUGGGGUGCUGGAGACUUCUCGCAGAGUGGGAAAAGAGAUGUCCAGGAGAAUCUACACUUUUAUGCUCAGUGAUAAUCCCAAUGAAAUUAUCAAAUAACACUUUUGUGCUCAGUGAUAAUCCAAAUGAAAUCAUCAAAUAAUGUGAUGUGCAUUGAUGAAUAGAUUUAUCAAGCAUGAACAACCCUGAAACAAUACUCUCUUUGUCAUUUUAUAUCCAUGUGAUUUUUAUUGAAUUAGACUUUUUAAAUUUGCAUGGAAUGUUCUUAUUAAUGGAUAUCUAAAUAAACU